CCCGGGGGCGGUGGCAGCGGCGGCCUGGGGAGGCGGCGGCCUGGCCUGGCCUGGCCUGUCAAGGCGCGGGCGGCGGCGGUCCAGCACCAUGUCCCUGCAGUACGGGGCGGAGGAGACGCCUCUCGCCGGCAGUUACGGCGCGGCCGAUUCGUUUCCAAAGGACUUCGGCUACGGCGUGGAGGAGGAAGAAGAGGAGGCGGCGGCGGCGGGCGGCGGCGUUGGGGCGGGGGCCGGCGGAGGCUGCGGCCCUGGGGGCGCUGACAGCUCCAAGCCCAGGAUUCUGCUCAUGGGGCUGCGGCGCAGCGGCAAGUCGUCCAUCCAGAAGGUGGUGUUUCAUAAGAUGUCACCCAAUGAGACUCUCUUUUUGGAAAGUACCAACAAGAUUUACAAAGACGACAUUUCCAAUAGCUCCUUUGUGAAUUUCCAGAUUUGGGAUUUUCCUGGGCAAAUGGACUUUUUUGACCCAACCUUUGACUACGAAAUGAUCUUCAGGGGAACAGGAGCACUGAUAUAUGUCAUUGAUGCACAGGAUGACUACAUGGAGGCUUUAACAAGACUUCACAUUACUGUUUCUAAAGCCUACAAAGUUAACCCAGACAUGAAUUUUGAGGUUUUUAUUCACAAAGUUGAUGGUCUGUCUGAUGAUCACAAAAUAGAAACACAGAGGGACAUUCAUCAAAGGGCCAAUGAUGACCUUGCAGAUGCUGGGCUAGAAAAACUCCAUCUUAGCUUUUAUUUGACUAGUAUCUAUGAUCAUUCAAUAUUUGAAGCCUUUAGUAAGGUGGUGCAGAAACUCAUUCCACAGCUGCCGACCUUGGAAAACCUAUUAAAUAUCUUCAUAUCAAAUUCAGGUAUUGAAAAAGCUUUUCUCUUUGAUGUUGUCAGCAAAAUCUACAUUGCGACAGACAGCUCCCCUGUGGAUAUGCAGUCUUAUGAACUUUGCUGUGACAUGAUUGAUGUUGUAAUUGAUGUGUCUUGUAUAUAUGGGUUAAAGGAAGAUGGAAGUGGAAGCGCUUAUGAUAAAGAGUCUAUGGCGAUCAUCAAGCUGAAUAACACCACUGUCCUUUAUUUAAAGGAGGUGACUAAAUUUUUGGCAUUGGUCUGCAUUCUUAGGGAAGAGAGCUUUGAACGGAAAGGUUUAAUAGACUACAACUUCCACUGUUUCCGGAAAGCUAUUCAUGAGGUGUUUGAGGUGGGUGUGGCUUCUCACAGGAGCUGUGGUCAUCAGUCCACCGCCCCCAGUCUGAAAGCAUUGGCACACAAUGGCACGCCUCGGAAUGCCAUCUAGUCAGACUCCCAGUGGUUGGGGCUUGCUGCCAGCUGACUCCUCACUCCAAGGUCAAAUGCCGCGUGCUACAGGACAUGAGAGCUGCCGCUUGUGGGGACCUGUGCCUGUCCCUCUAGAGGCGAGGGGGUAGCGUUUUUGAUUCGGAUGAAAACCCCUUCAGCUGGUGGUAUACAACUGAAGCUGUUGUUUCUUUUUAAAAAAUUGGCAGAGAAGAAUUCUAGAGGUUACUGAACUCAAGUUGUCUUUUUCUUCUUUUGAGUCCUACUUUAAAUAGUUGGAAUAUUUUGGACCUGAAGAUCACACCAGUUACCCAUCCUUAUCAGGUACUGUUGCCAUCAGUUCCAGCUGAAAAUAAUGGACAAAACCGAAUUUUUAUAUGCUUCCCUUAGGCUUUCAUUUGAAUAGUGUGCUUUGCUUAAAUUCUAACACUGCCUCUGAGAUCUCAGUUUUGGACAUUGUACAUCUAAGACCUUUUAAAUGCGUUCGCUUGCUAACUCGGAAGAUGCAUCGUCUGACUGCAGCAAAAGACAUUUCUAUAUUUGUUACUGAGGGAAUGAAAUAAAAUUCUAUGCUGCGUCGGGUAGAGAGCAAGGCUGCACAGGGGCUGCAUCAGUUCCCUUGGAGGUGUUGCAGAAAAAAACUUCGAAACAGAAGAAAAUUUUGUACCCUUGUUUUGGGUACCAGAGAUGUCAUGAGUUCCUUCUCCUGCAUUUGAUAAAUGAUCAUGCUUCGUGUAACAAAGGGAAUUUUUAAAAAACUUUUUCCCAAAGUCCCCUUGUAGGGGAGAAACUCAUUAUGUUGCUGAAAUAUUUAGCCUAUUUUUCUUUAAUCUUGAUAUCAGCCUCUUCACUGCUUUUAUUCUAAACUGUCUACAUUCUGUCAGCAUUGCUGUUUGUUGACCCAAAGGCACUGGUGGCUCCGCUGGAGGUGGGAACAUGCGGUGCCACGACACGUGUUGUCUUACAUGCUCGUCUCCAGUAUUCUGACCCGAGUGUCAGCUGUGGUACUUUUUUCACAUAGGCUGUUGAUUUGUAAUUGUUUCUUUUUGUUGAUGGUUGAUACCCUUCCCACUGAUUUAAACUUACACAUUAUUUUUACUCCACACGCCCAGUAGUCACAUAUUCCAAAGCCACUGGACCACUUGAGUAUGUAAGUGCCGCUGUUUAAUGAAACAUACAUUCAGGUCUAUAAACCUAGCAGUGUGACUUGGAGUGCUUCCUGCAGAUGACUCUGACUGUUGAGUAUUUACAUGGACCACGGUGAUAUCCAAAAGAAAAAAUGCUUUUAUAUUUAUAGAUUAUUUCAUUGAACUAUAUAUAAAAUGGGUAUCAAUAAAUGUAUUUACUCCAAAA